AUGGACUCCCGGAGCUCCAACCCGCUCCUGUCGAGCCAGAGGAGCUCGCAGCUCCAGGCCGUCCUCCAUCCUCUCGUCCUGCUCACGAUAUCCGACUACAUCACCCGACAUACUCUACGCCAGCAGACGGGCCCCAUCGUCGGCGCCCUUCUUGGUCAGCAGAAUGGCCGCGAGAUCACCAUCGAGCAUGCCUUUGAAUGCCACACGUCGGCAGCACCGACCGUCGAGGGUGGUUUUCUGCUCGACGCGGAGAAGUUCUCAUCGAGGCUAGAGCAAAUGGUUCAGGUGCACAAGGAGCGGCAGCUGGACUUUGUCGGCUGGUACACUCUCCUCCCCUCCACCGGCCCGACGCCGACAAUCAUCCCCAUCCAUAGUCAAAUUCUACGAAUUUGGAAUGAGUCCGCAAUACUCUUGGGCUUCCACCCCGAAGAAGCAGUGAAUCAUUCGGUCGGUGGCAAGCUUCCGCUCACGAUAUACGAGAGCAACUACGAGGUCGACGAGCUCAGGGCGGAUCAAGAUGGCGAGGACAGGAAAAUGGACGACGGCGAAUCCAAGCUGAAGCUCAAGUUCCGCGAGGUCCCGUACUCGGUUGAGACGGACGAGACGGAGAUGAUCAGCAUGAAUUACGUUGCCUCUGGAGGAGGCAGCGCUGCGGCAGCCGCCCCGCCAAAAGAGGAACGCCCGACGCGGUCUGUCGAGUCCAACGGCAAGGGAAAGCGGCGGCUAGUUGAAAGCAACGUCGAUGACAUCAAGGAGCAGGCACUCGACGAAGAAAAUGUGCCCCUGACUCGAGAGGAAGAGGAGACCCUCGCCUCGCUCAUCACCAAGGCCAACGCCAUAAAGAUGCUGCACUCUCGAAUUCGGCUGCUCGUCGCGUACCUAGAGCGGCUGCCGUCAUCCUUUGUCAACGGUGAGACGGCUGAUGACGACAGUAUGGACACGGAUAACACAGCGCCUUCCCUGCCGAUCCUGCGGCAGAUCCAGGCCCUUGUCAGUCGACUGGACCUGAUCAUCCCGUCCGACCAGGAGGCCUAUGAAAAGGAGAUGCACCAGGAGGCCAACAACGUCCACCUACUCGGCUUGCUCAAUCAAAUGAUGCAAGGCGUAACCGAAGCGCGCCAGGUGGGCAAGAAGUUCCACAUCAUAGAGUCGGCCAAGUCGAGCGGCCGCCGAGGCGCAUCGGACUUUCAGGGGAGCUCGUCUUUCAACUUGCCAGGAGCGGGGGAGCUGCUCAUCUAG